UGUAACCUAUUUUCUGCAUGCAUAUAUAUACUACAGAUAUAGUGUUGUCCAUACUACAUAUCCCCCAUCGCGAUAAAUCUUUUACCGUUCUGCACUCAUCGAUCUCUCCCCAACCUAUACCAUAUCUCGUCGACGGUUUGUUUUCUUCUUCGUUUUCUCCUUGUGUCUUCACUGUUCUGCGGUUUGAAUCUUUAUCUGCAUUUUUCACUUUCAGCCUCCUGUGACGGCCAACUCGCUUCUUGCUGUGAAGCCUCCUGUGACGGCCAACUCGCUUCUUUCUGAGAAGCCUCCAGUGACGACCAACCCGGUUCUCAACUUCUAUCAUGCUAAGAAGCAAGAAGUGGAAAAAGUUGUGGUGAACCAAAAAGUACAGAGAACAGAGUUUGAGUUUGAUGUGAUUACCUACGAGUUAAUGUCUAAGGAAGAAAUUGAAAAGUAUUUGAAUCAAGACAUGAAGAACAUAGAGUAUUUUAAGCAAGACAUGAAGAAGUAUCAGCCUGGUGUGUUUGAGCCUGGUUUGGUGCCCGACAUGUAUAUUUCUGAGGAGAAGCAAGAUGUGAAAAAACAAAGGAGAGAAGAUGCUAUGAGGCUAAGUGUAUUGCGCUUCAAGUUUAAGUCUCGUGCCAACCAGCUUAUUGCCAAGAAAAAUGAAGUAGAAAAGAUGCCUCGUGCGACCACCAACCUGCUUCUUGCUGAGAAGCCUCUUGUGACGACCAACCCUUUUCUUGCUGUGAAGCCUCCUGUGACGGCCAACUCGCUUCUUGCUGAGAAGCCUCCUGUGACGACCAACCCUUUUCUUGUAGAGAUGACUCAUGUGACGACCAACUCGCUUCUUGCCGUGAAGCCUCCUGUGACGGCCAACUCGCUUCUUUCUGAGAAGCCUCCAGUGACGACCAACCCGGUUCUCAACUUCUAUCAUGCUAAGAAGCAAGAAGUGGAAAAAGUUGCGGUGAACCAAAAAGUAGAGGGAACAGAGUUUGAGUCUGGUGUGAUUACCAACGAGUUAAUGUCUAAGGAAGAAAUUGAAAAGUAUUUAAAUCAAGACAUGAAGAACAUAGAGUAUUUUAAGGAAGACAUGAAGAAGUAUCAGCCUGGUGUGUUUGAGCCUGGUUUGGUGCCCGACAUGUAUAUUUCUAAGGAGAAGCAAGAUGUAAAAAAACAAAGGAGAGAAGAUGCUAUGAGGCUAAGUGCAUUGCGCUUCAAGUUUAAGUCUCGUGCCAACCAGCUUAUUGCCAAGAUGAAUGAAGUAGAAAAGAUGACGACCAACUCUUUUCUUCUAGAGAUGACUCCUGUGACGACCAACUAUUUCCCAAUAUUUUGAGUUCCAUUUUGUUGAGGUUAGAUCAAUAUUGGACUUGCUAUGGGUUAUCUAUUCAUAAAAAUUGCAGAGCGCUUUUUCCCAUUUGGUGGCAUUGGGUCCAAAGCAUUAGGACAAUCAUCGCUCACUUUACACAACGAGCUCCCACAAAAUUUGGAUGUUGAGAUCCGAAAUGAAGUGUUUCUGUUGAUUUUUUGGUGGCAUUUUGUUUUUUUGCCUUUUUUUUUUGUUGUGA